AUCGGAUUUUGCGCUGGAAAGCUCUUGUCUUCAUCACUUUUACUCCAAUCAAUCUAUGGUACAGUACCGGUACAAUCGGAUGUAUCAAGAUGAAUGACAGGGUGUUUCUCAUCCUGGUUCGGUUCCUGUCCAUCAUGGCCUUUGGCACGUCGAUCUUUGGCUGUGUCUUUGCCAUGCACAAUAUCGAAAUCAACGAGUAUCCAUGGGUAUCCAAUUUGUUUGAUAUCAGCUGCGAGGACCUUUCUGGAGAGAGUCGAGAAUACUGCGAAGCCUCCUACAACGAACGCCACUACACACUGUGGCGCUCCUUUGGGAACUUUUUCUCCUGGAGAGAUUGGGAUGGCGGUGUCCUGUGUGGCACAGAACACGGUCUGCAAUUGCCCGAUUCCCUACCCCCCGAGGUGGCCCACUUGAUUGACGGCAACAUUGGACAAUGCAGCAAAGCCAUGGCUAAUGUGGCCGUAGCAUUUGCCGUCAUGACAUGUGGCAUGACGGCCUUUCUCACAAUCUACAUUACUGUACUGGCGCAUGAUAAUGAUGCUCUGCUCAAAAUGGUACUCUUUGGGGCCAUGGCCACUUCGGCCACGGUGAUUGCCGUUUAUUGCUUGGAAAUUGAUCCCCUUCGACUCAAGCCGACCUUUUGUGACAGUCAGACGCUCUUUGAACACUGUAAACAGAGCAUGGGAGAAGGAUUUUGGUUCCAGGUGGUCACGCUCAUCAUGACAUCCGUGUCACUCAUGCUGACAUUUGCCUGGUCCUGGCUGGUCCCACCCCAAGUGGGGAUUGAUCGAAGAGAAACACAGCCACAUCAUGAUGGUCCAAUUUACUUGACACUUCACUUUUACGUCCAGUUGGUGCGAUUCGCCGAACUGGCCAUUUUGAUCGUUGGCAUUGUUUCUACAUUUACCGUCGUGAGCACCACCAUUCCGGAAAUCACACAUAAUUCAACCAAUCAGACUGGCCUAUUGAGCCAUGCAUUUGCGGGACAGGGAGGAGAGAUGGAAACACAAAUCAAUUUGUGGCAAGGCCUCUUUUGUCAUCCCUUUGGGGCACGGUUAUUCCUGUGGUCCGUGGUUCUGGAGGAAGCAGACCACCAAGAUGCCGACUCUGAGCCAGAAACAUUUGGGCACUGCGACUUUAAAGAUCUAUUUGAAGUCCAAAUGGGCAUGAUCAUGGCGGCCGUUUCCGCCAUUACCGCCAUGGCCUUUCAGAAGGAUGCCAAAUCCAUGCCCCUGGCCUACAUGAUUGGAUUCAUCAUGCACUUCAUGUCCAUGGUCAAGCUGACAUGGGCCAUUACCGCGUUCAUGUUGCACGUCUUUCCAGGGCGGGACCACAUUGAGCCAUCCUACUGCUCUCGCUGGAUUGACUUUGUGCCACCUGGAGGAUCUUGCGAGAUGGAAGUGGGCGUGGGAAUCUAUCUUUCGGGCGGCGCCUUGGCGGCCGUCGCCAUUAGUUUUGUGGGAGAAGUAGCCAUGCAACAAAGUUCCGAGUAUGGUGUGGGGACAGCAUUCCGAACAUUGAUGGGCCGUGUGCGGCAAGGAAGAUUCGCCGAUCUGGGCAAGGCUGCGAGUGAGCGUUCCCUGGCUGUUGGUGAUGUGGGAAGCACUCAGGAUGAUAUGGACGAACAGGUUGACAAUUCAAAGCAAGUGAAAAACAGCACCUACAAGUUAGGGAGUCAACAACAAUAUCAGUUUGGACCUGGUGACCAGAGUUAUGAGGAUGACCAAUUGGGUGAAGCGCCUCCAAUUUCGUGGAGCGUGAUUCUCGUCUUUGUAAUGAUAGUCGUCGUGGUUGUGAUGAUGGUUGUGUUGGUGUCAGUGGUGGUGUACGAAAUGGCCCCAACCUCUAGCCCGUCGUAGACAAUUAUGCUUUGGUCGGAAAGGAGCCAAUCUUGGGGAGCUGCCGCUUACCAUUGGUCUCAAGUCUCAAGAGCUGCGACUUUUUGUGUCAGACGACCUUGCCCCCGAGGAGGCGUUGGUUUCUGACAUCAAGCUACCGAUGCAAGGAGACCUUCGACAAAAUGGUCAACCAAGCAUUACGACACUCGGCUAGCACUCGGAUAGCACUCGGCUGGCUAGUUAAGUCGGCCACAACCACAGUCUAUCGGGCUUGUGUCGAAGUUUUUGACGCAACAAGACAUAGUGCUUCCGACAGCGCAAUAGUGAGGAACUCGGCAACUGCGUAGAGAGUGGCCGGAACGAGUGCACCAACUAAA